AUGAUCCUCGUUCAGGGCAUACUACUUAAGGUUGCUCUUGAUCAUCGAUCUACUGGAGAUGAAAGAGUCCCUUUUGCGGGCGUGGUAUACCCUAACAAACGACCUUUCAAUUUCUGGCAGUGGAGGCCUCAGAGAACAUACUGGGAGUUCUUAGUCUACUUUUUCGUGAUUACGGCUAUCCUUCAACUCUUCUUCGGGUCUUCUGAAUUUUUUGUAGGGCUUCUUGGUUACUGCGCCCUAGGAGUGGAGGCCGGUCUUCCGAUACCACAGGUUCUUGCAAACCAAAAGGCUAGAUCUUGCAAGGGCUUCCGCCUGUCGGUACUUGUUUCUUGGUUGAUCGGUGAUAUCAUGAAGACUGUGUUUUUCUAUUCUUCUGAUCAUGUCGGGAUGCAAUUUCGGCUGUGUGCUGGUAUCCAGUUUGCUCUGGAUGCCUAUCUUGGCCUCCAAUUUUGGAUGUUUGGGAAUGGCGAACCCGCGAAGGAUUUUGAAAUGUCCUGA